AUGCGUCUGGCCGUCCCCUUCCUCGGCCUGCUGGCCACCGCCCAAGUCCAAGCCUACCUCGACGUAGGCCACCUCAUCGCACGCCAAACCUCCGUCCCCGAAGUCGAAGACAUGGGCGACUGCAUCUCCGCCAUCAUGGAAGUGGCCGGAUCCGCGCCCUUCCCACCGCCCGAAAUCAUCGACGUCAUGACCAGUUUCUACAUGACGGCCACGGGUGUCACCGACUACCAGUGCGGAUGGCAGACCGCUCUGCCCGGCGACCUGGUCGACGACUGGUACUCGUACCAGAGCCGGGUGCUGGACUGGUACUCGGCCAGCUCGGCCGAGCUGAACUCUGCGCUGCAGCACUGUCCGGCAGGGUAUGAGAGCUCUGCCGGUCCGUGUAGUAAGAGUAUCUCUGGGCUUGCGGCGCCGGUGCCUGCUACUGGGACUGCUGGUGGGAAUGGGGGUAGUGGUGGUGGGGCGACGAGCAAGAAUGCUGCUCCGAAGGAGACGGGGUAUGUGGUGUUUACUGGUGCGGCGGUGGCUGGGUUAUUGGGAGUUGUUGCGGCUCUUUGA